AUGGAACACCCCUAUCAAAAAGUACUUGCAUUAAUUCUGUGGCAAUUCGUGGUAUCUCAAGGGGUGCUGAAAUGUCCAGAAUCCACAGAAGACUGGGGAAGGGCAUCAAUGGCUCUGCAAUGCAAAGACCCAAAUUACUAUCACUGUCUCAAAGACGAAAACGGGCAAAUAACACAGCAGUGUCUUCAAAGAGUUUGGAUACAACAAAGUAUGUGCCCAGAAUUUAAUUUCAAAGCUCGACGAAUAGAUGUUUAUCAAUGCAAAUCUAAUGAGAACAACUGUCCUACUACAACGUACUGGUCUAAUGCUGUUUACGUCUAUCCUGGAUGUUUCCACAUAGUUUCAUCCACUGUACUGAAAUCUAGCACCACCUUACCUACUCUUCCUCUAACGAUUGAAAUAACUACAAAGAACAGUACAUCUGCCAAUGAUACUUCAUCUUCCGAGAAUACAUCCAAUGCCAUUCCAGUCAUGCCAAUAAUAAUUAGUAUCAUUUCUAUACUAAUUGGCGUGGCAUUGCUUUUUCUCGUCAUAAAAUGUCUAGUGUUUAGAAGGAGACACAGAAGAGAUCUCGUUAAAAACAUUAAAGAGAAUAAAGAGGGAAACAAAAGAAUUGUAUUUCUUCCCUCGCACACAACAGUAGAUGAAACCACAAUUGCAGAGGCAGCCAAGAUGUUGGGUGAAAAAACCAAAGCUGAAAACGAUUUUAAUAAAUGGAUGAAAAAUAAAAAUAGAUAUGAACGAAUGUAUAUUUUUAGAGACUGGAUACAUUCAGAUCAAGAAGUUAGCAUCAAAAGGUUAAAGCAAACACUUAUUCAAGUUUUAGUCAACGUAAUUGAGAAGGACACAAAAUUCAUCAUCAUGAUUCCUUUAUCAAUUUGGACGAAAGAUCAAAACCUCACAAAACUUUUGAGAGAGUGCCCACUUUUUAAGAUAAGGUUUUAAAAGGUGGAAAUAUUUAAUAUUUCUUCUUAGGCAAUACAACAUGAUAAGAUUUGUAGU